AUGGAGGGUUUAUCUUGUUUGAUCAGGAAAGCAUGUGACCAUGGUAUGUUUGAUGGCGUGUUUGAUGGCGUGACUUUUCCGAAUGGCGGCCCAAAUAUUUCUCAUCUCCUUUACGCCGAUGACGCGAUGGUUAUGGGAGAAUGGUCGGAGUUUAACUUUCGAGCUUUGAAAAGGAUCCUUCGUAUCUUUCACUUAUGUUCUAGCCUUCGUAUCAACUUGAAUAAAUCGUGUUUAUUUGGUAUUGGCAAGAGUAUGGAGGAGGUAACUUUGUAUGCUAGCGGUUUGGGUUGUAAACCGGGAACGACUCCGUUUAAAUAUUUGGGUAUUCUUGUGGGGGCCAAUAUGAACCGAAUCUCUAAUUGGGACCCGGUAGUCGAAGUUUUCGGCAAAAGGUUAUCGAGAUGGAAAGCUAGUGUUCUAUCCAUGGUCGGUAGGGUUAUUCUUAUAAAGUCGAGGUGGAAUAAAUAUCCGGCCACUGUUGUUGAAGUCGAAGAAUUAAUAGAAUGUCAUCAUAUGGUUUCGAGUGUGCGACUAAAUGGAAAUGAAGACAUGUGGGUUUGGAACCAACGGUCAGAUGGUGAAUACUCGGUUAAGGAAGCCAGAAAAUGGUUGAAAGGUAAUGAACCUAGAGAAGAUAGUUAUGUUUAUAGUUGGUGUAAAUGGAUCCCAAAUAAAUGUAAUAUCUUUAUGUGGAAGGCGAGUUUGGAUAGGCUUCCUACCCAAAGCGCUCUUCGAAGACAGAAUGUUCAAGUGGGGGACGGUUUAUGCGUUUUUUGUGGGGAAACAGAGGAAUCAGUAGAUCACUUGUUCUCCGGUUGUCGGGUGGCUUGUGGGGUUUGGAUUGCAUUAGCAAAAUGGUGCAAAAUUCCUUAA